AUGUCUCAUCCACCAGAGUAUGCCCCAACGGCAUCAACUUCAUUCACAAUUUCCUCAAAAUCAGCCAAAUUUAACCAAGAGAUAACCCGAUCGUCAUUGCUCAAGUCACAAUCAAACAAAGCAAUAUACAAUUCACUAGCCGAAAUAAGCUCGAUCCUCCUUUCAGUGGAAAUGUUGGAGAACUCGUUUGUCAAAGAUUACAUCACUGAUAAAGAAAAAUAUACCUCGACUACAUAUAGACUAAUAUACCAAUACCAAAUUAUAAUCAAGGGCUUUGACAAGUCAAAAUUGUCAGUAUUAAGGGAAUUAUUACCAGAAUUAACUCCCGACUUGUCCAAUUUCCUACCCCAGUUCACAGCCAAAUUCAAUUUAAACUGCCCACAAGCGGUAAAUAGAUUGCAAAGUGGUGUACCUUCAACGAUAGACCACGUUACCGACACAACAGGAACAAGUGGCAAUAGUAGGGCCAAUGCUCGACUAAUUGCUGAGAUUACGGGCAAUUUUAUCACGUGUAUGGAUGCUGUCAAGCUAAAUUACAAGACUAGAGAUCAAUUGCAUCCGUUAUUGAGUGAUUUGGUAGUCAAUUUGAAUGAGUUUAAUGAAAGUAUUGAGUUUAAUGGCAAGUCGAAAUUGAUAAACUGGCUCAUCAAGAUUAACAAUUUGGAAAAGGAACUUUCACAAGAGGAUUCGGAUUCAUUUUUAAAUGAUUUAGAUAUUGCUUAUAAAGGGUUUUAUACAUCCUUAGAAAGUCAUUAG